AUGCCCCGCGCGCCCCGGCUCUGCGCGCUCUGGCUGUGCGCCGCGCUCUGCGUCUCAGCGGGCGCCCCGCAGCCGGGCGCGCCGCCCGCCGCCUGCCCCGGCCCCUGCCACUGCCAGCGGGAUGGCAUCUUGCUGGCGGUCGACUGUUCCGAGCUCGGGCUCACCGCCGUGCCCGGGGACCUGCACCCCCUGACGGCUUACCUAGACCUGAGCAUGAACAACCUCACGGAGCUGUGGCCCGGCCUGUUCCAGCACCUGCGCUUCCUGGAGGAGCUGCGGCUCUCUGGAAACCACCUCUCCCACAUCCCCGGCCAAGCCUUCUCCGGACUCUACAGCCUGAAAAUCUUGAUGCUGCAGAACAACCAGCUCCGUGGCAUCCCCGCAGAGGCUCUGGGGGAUCUACCCAGCCUGCAGUCGCUGCGCCUGGAUGCCAACCUCAUCUCCCUGGUCCCGGAGAGGAGCUUUGAGGGGCUGUCCUCCCUUCGCCACCUGUGGCUGGAUGACAAUGCACUCACGGAAAUCCCCAUCAGGGCACUCAACAACCUUCCUGCACUGCAAGCCAUGACACUGGCCCUCAAUCGCAUCAGCCAGAUCCCUGAUGGCGCCUUCCAGAACCUCAGCAGCCUGGUGGUGCUGCAUCUGCAUAACAACCGCAUCCAGCAUCUGGGUACGCACAGCUUUGAGGGCCUGCACAGUCUGGAGACACUAGACCUGAACUAUAAUGAGCUACAGGAGUUCCCCGCCGCCAUCCGGACUCUGGGCAGACUACAGGAGCUGGGGUUCCAUAACAAUAAUAUCAAGGUCAUCCCAGAAAAGGCCUUCAUGGGGAACCCUGUGCUGCAGACCAUACACUUUUAUGAUAACCCAAUUCAGUUUGUGGGAAGGUCGGCGUUCCAGUACCUGCCAAAACUGCACACUCUAUCCCUGAACGGGGCCACGAACCUCCAGGAGUUCCCAGAUCUGAAAGGGACCACCAGCCUGGAGAUUCUGACCCUGACCCAUGCUGGCAUUCAGCUGCUCCCACCGGGGAUGUGCCAGCAGCUGCCCAGGCUCCGAGUCUUGGAACUAUCUCAUAAUCAGAUAGAGGAGUUGCCCAGCCUGCACAGGUGUCAGAAGCUGGAGGAAAUUGGCCUCCAGCACAACCGCAUCUGGGAAAUUGGAGCCGACACAUUCAGCCAGCUCAGCUCUCUGCGUGCCCUUGACCUGAGCUGGAACGUUAUUCGGUCCAUCCACCCUGAGGCCUUCUCAACCCUGCACUCCCUGGUCAAGCUGGACCUGACUGACAACCAGCUGACCACACUGCCCCUGGCAGGACUGGGGGCCCUGAAGCACCUGAAACUCAAAGGGAACCUGGCUCUGUCUCAGACUUUCUCCAAGGACAGCUUCCCAGAACUGAGGAUCCUGGAGGUGCCCUAUGCCUAUCAGUGCUGUGCCUAUGGUGCCUGUGCCAGCUUCUUCAAGGCCUCAGGGCAGUGGGAGGCUGAUGACUUGCACUCUGAAGAUGAAGAGGCUCCAAAGAGACCUGCUGUCCUCCCUGCUGGGCAUGCUGAGAACCAUUAUGACCCAGACCUGGAUGAGUUCCAGCUGGAGCUGGAAGACUCCAAACCACCCCUCAGUGUCCAGUGUAGUCCCAUCCCAGGCCCCUUCAAGCCCUGCGAGCACCUCUUUGAGAGCUGGGGCAUCCGCCUGGCUGUGUGGGCCAUUGUGCUGCUGUCAGUGCUGGGUAACGGGCUGGUGUUGCUGAGCAUCUUUGCAGGGGGCCCCGUGCCCUUGCCCCCUGUCAAAUUCGUGGUCGGUGCCAUCGCAGGUGCUAACACCUUGACUGGCAUUUCCUGUGGCCUCCUUGCUUCUGUUGACGCCUUGACCUUUGGCCACUUUGCCCAGUAUGGAGCCCGCUGGGAGACGGGGCUGGGCUGCCGGGCCACAGGCUUCCUGGCCGUGCUUGGGUCCGAGGCCUCUGUGCUGCUGCUCACACUGGCUGCAGUACAGUGCAGUGUCUCCGUCUCCUGCGUCCGGGCCUAUGGCAAAGGCCCCUCCCUGGGCAGUGUCCGAGCUGGGGCUCUGGGCUGCCUGAUCCUGGCUGGACUGGCUGCGGCCUUACCCCUGGCCUCCGUGGGCGAGUAUGGGGCCUCCCCACUCUGCCUGCCCUAUGCCCCGCCAGACGGCCAGCCAACAGCCCUGGGCUUCGCUGUGGCCCUGGUGAUGAUGAACUCCUUCUGCUUCCUGGUUGUGGCAGCCGCCUACAUCAAACUCUACUGUGACCUGCCAAGAGGUGACUUCGAGGCCGUGUGGGACUGCGCCAUGGUGCGGCACGUGGCCUGGCUCAUCUUUGCAGACGGGCUGCUCUACUGCCCCGUGGCCUUCCUUAGCUUCGCGUCCAUGCUUGGCCUCUUCCCCGUCACCCCGGAUGCUGUCAAGUCUGUCCUGCUCGUGGUACUGCCCCUGCCCGCCUGCCUCAACCCACUGCUCUACCUGCUCUUCAACCCCCACUUCAGGGAUGACCUGCGCCGCCUCUGGCACUGCACGGGUCAACCUGGGCCUCUGGCCUGCGGAGUGGCCAGCGAUCUGGAGAAGAGCUCCUGCGAUUCCACGCAGGCGCUAGUAGCCUUCUCGGAUGUGGAUCUUAUUUUGGAAGCUUCUGAGGCAGGGCAGCCUCCAGGGUUGGAGGCGUAUGGCUUCAAGCCCUCAGUGACCCUCAUCUGUCAAAAGCCAGGGGGACCCAGGCUGGAGGGCAGCCAUUUUGUAGAGCCAGAGGGAACCCACUUUGGGACCCCUCAACCCUCCAUGGAUGGAGAACUGCUGCUGAGGGCUGAGGCAGCCGUGCCUACAGGUGGGGGCUUGUCAGUGGACCAGGAUUUGCAGCUGCCUGGCACUGUUUUUGCCUCACACUUAUAAAUAUUCCUCCUCAAUAUUCUCUUCCUAUCUCUGCCCUCUCUUCUCUCCCUUCCACAAAGGAUGGCUGCUUGUCAAAUUAACAACUGAAACUCAGCAGUGUGGUCCAAGGAAGAGGGCCGGCUCCCUGCGAUUUUGCUCUCUAUUCUCCUAUGGCCAUGUGUGCUACUGGGCCUGUUUUGCCUUCUUCAAUUUCACUUUCACUGCCAAUCUCUUCCCUAACCCAUCCUAAAAUCUGGGCCUUUGCUUAAGGGAAACAAACCAGAGUGUCACAAAGAGCAAUUGAGGGCCUGAGCAGGUCAUGGAUCAUGGUUCAGUGGGCCAGGACCACCAAAGGCACUUGAGCAUCUCCCGGCAAUCAUGGAGAGGUGCUGCACUGGGUUCUGUGUCCUGUUCAUCAUGAGAUCUGCC